AUGUCAAUAUAUAAUCUGGGAGCGGGAACUGAGCAUGUCAAUGCCCUCCUUAACACAAAUACAAGGCCACAAAACAACCCAUACUCAAACACAUUUAACCCAGGUUGGAAGCAUCACCCAAAUUUCUCCUACAAAAAUAACCAACCUCAACCUCCACCCACCAACUACUCCCAGCCACCUGGUUUCCAACAAAGACCACCAUUCAACCCUUCAUCAUCAUCCUCUCGACCCAACCUUGAGACUAUCAUGGAGAAUUUAGCUUCCUCUCAGGCUAAGCAAGUUGAAUACCAAGCCAAGCAGAAUGAAUUUUUCAACAAUUCUCUCCAACAAAUCACUGCUCAUAAUAAAUUGAUGGAGAGUCAGAUGACCCAACUAGCCCAACAAAUAAGCCACCUCUCUAAACCUUCAGGCCAACUUCCUGGGCAAACUGAACCAAAUCCAAGGGCAUAUCAAUGCCAUUUCAUUGAGGACGAGGUUAUAGAGUUGAGUGAGGAAGUUCAAGAGAAGACGGGUUUGGAAGAUGAAGCUAAGAAGCCUGAGAAGGAGGAACCCACUGUCAUUCCUAUUAAACCAUACAAGCCACCUGUUCCGUUCCCUCAAAGAUUGGCACAGAAUACGCUUCCAGAAAAGCUAGGAGAUCCGGGCAGCUAUUCCAUUCCGGUCAAGCUUGGAAAUAUUGCUAUCAAGAAUGCUCUAUGUGAUCUUGGGGCUAGUGUUAGUCUCAUGCCGUUAUCUAUCUGCAAGCAACUCAACAUGGGCGAACUAAAACCCACACGCAUCUCUCUACAACUAGCUGACAGGACAGUGAAGUUUCCACUUGGUAUACUUGAAGAUGUUCCUCUUCGAGUGGGAAAAUUCUUUAUUCCUUGUGAUUUUGUCGUCAUGGAGAUGAAGGAAGAUGCACAAGUUCCCAUAAUUCUUGGAAGACCCUUUUUGGCCACUGCUGGAGCCAUUAUUGACAUGAAGAAGGGUAAAAUCACUUUUGAAGUAGGUGAUGAAAAGAUGGAGUACACACUCACAAACUCCAUGACUUCUCCUUCUAUGGGAGAAACUGUUUAUAGAGUGGAUGCUCUUGAUGAGGUGAUAGAAGCAGAGGCUUUCAAUCUGCAACUGGAUGCCUCUCCAGGAAUUGCUGCAUUCUGA